AUGGGGGACCAGAGGCCGCGGGACCGGCCGAUCCCGGGCAUGGACUGCAAGCCCUGGUACUGUGACAAACCGCCUUCCAAGUGCAUCGCGAAGCACAAGCACAGGAGCCUGAGGUUCCCGCCAAUGGACACCCAGAACUGAAACUGGGUAUUUGUGAAGGAGGGCAUGGACAGCUUCCACUACGGUUGUCUGUCUCCCGAAGAUAUGCUCAUUUGUAGCCGUGAUGAGUUCUUACUCCCCAAAAUCUCUCACAGAGGUCCCCAAGCUGACCCCAAAAGCAGGAGAAAAAAGCUGUUCAAGAAAGUGGCCCUGUUUUCCAAGCUCUUGCCAGCCCAGCCAGCACAGAAGGCAUUCGUAGAGGAAGCCCAGCUGAUGGCCAAGCAUCCCUUGGCCAUGUACCCCAAUCUGGGAGAAGAUAUGCCUCCAGAUCUCCUACUACAGGUGCUGAAACCGCUGGAUCCUGAGAGGAAGCUGGAGGACACAUGGGCUCGUGAGGGCUGGAAGAAGACAACCAAGGCACCCACCGAGCCUGGUAAAUACCCCUGUGGGGAAUUCUGCCCUAGGCCUCCUGAGACUCAGGUGUUCCAUCUCUGCCUGGAGCCUCCCAAGACUCCGGUGUCCAGUCUCCGCCCAGAGCUUCCUGAGACUGGAGUGUCACAUCUUCGCCCAGAGCCUCUCAAGACUCCAGUGUCCAGUCUUCACCCGGAGCCUCCCGAGACUGGAGUGUCCCAUCUCCCCCCAGAGCCUUCCAAGACUUGUCGGGUGUCCAGUCUCCGCCCGGAGCCUCUCAAGACUGGAGUGUCCCAUCUCUGCCAGGAGCCUCCCGGGACUCGCUUAUCUCAUCUCUGCCCGGAGCCUCCCAAGACUCGUCAGAUGUCCAGUCUCCACCCGGAGCCUUCCAAGACUGGAGUGUCUCAUCCCAGCCUGGAGUCUCCCAAGACUCGUGGGGUAUCCAGUCUUCUCCCGGAGCCUCCCAAGACUCGUGGGGUGUCCAGUCUCCUCCCGGAGCCUCCCAAGACUCGUCGGGUGUCCAGUCUUUGCCCGGAGCCUCCCAAGACUGCAGUGUCUCAUCUCCGCCUGGAGCCUCCCAAGACCUGUCAGGUGUCCAGACUCCGCCCAGAGCCUCCCAAGACUGGUCGGGUGUCCAGUGUCCGCCCGGAGCUUCCCAAGACUCGUCGGGUGUCCAGUCUCUGCCCGGAGCCUACCAAGACUGCAGUGUCUCAUCUCCGCCCCAAGCCUCCCAAGACUCAACGGGUGUCCACUCUCCACCUGGAGCAUCCCAAGAUUCGUUGGGUGUCCAGUCUCCACCCAGAGCCCCCCAAGACGCAGGUGUCCAGCCUCCACCCAGUGCCCCCCAAGACGGAGGUGUCCAGUGUCUGCCCAGAGCCUCCCGAGACUGGAGUGUCCCCUCUCCACCCAGAACCUCCCAAUACUCAUCGAGUGUCCAGUCUCCUACUAUAGCCUCCCGAGUCUCAGGUGUCCCAUCUCUGCCUGCAGCCUCCCAAGACUCCAGUGUCCAGUCUCUGCCCAGGGCCUCCCAAGACUGGAGUGUCUCAUCUCUGCCCAGAGCCUCCCAAGACUCGGGUGUCCAGUCUCCACCCAGAGCCUCCUGAGACUGGAGUGUCCCAUCUCCACCCAGAGCCUCCCAAGACUUGGAUGUACAGUCUCCACCCAGAGCCUCCUGAGACUGGAGUGUCUCAUCUCUGCCCAGAGCAUCCUAAGACUCGGGUGUCCAGUCUCUGCCCAGAGCCUCCCGAGACUGGAGUGUCCCAUCUCUGCCCGGAGCCUUCCGAGACUCAUCGGGUGUCCAGUCUCCGCCCGGAGCCCCCCAAGACGCAGGUGUCCAGUCUCUGCCCGGAACCUCCCGAGACUGUAGUGUUCCAUCUCCACCCAGAACCUCCCAACACUCGUUGGGUGGAAUUCUGCCUACGGCUUCCAGAGACUCGGGCAUCCCAUCUUUGCCCUGAGCCUCCCAAGACUUGUCAGGUGUCCAGUCUCCGCCUGGAGCCUCCCAAGACUAGAGUGUCCCAUCUCUCCCCAGAGCCUCCCAAAGCUCCAGUGUCCCAUCACUUCUUGGAGCUUCCCAAGAUUCGAGCGUCCUGUCUAAAAGAACUGCUUCAGGAAGAUACACCAAGCACAACAGAGUGUGUUUCUGACUCUCUUCAACAUAGAUACACAUCGAGAAAACUGCAUGACUUCAAGUGGGCUCGAGACAUGGGAGUUGAUGAAGAAUCCAUCAGGAAUCUGUUUGAAUUUACCCCCAAGUGGAGAGCAACCUAUGAAGACCAACAGAUUAAGAAGAUAAAAGAAUGGGCCUCAGAGCUGCAAUACAGAAUAGAGCUAGAUGAAAUGGAUGAGGUCGAAUCCUUCUCACAGGAAAAAGACUGGGACAGGAAACUCCAGACGACACUGAAUUCUUACACAGCACAGUGUGUGAAGAUGAGGUAUGGAGUAUGGUACCUUAAGCCUAAGUUGGGGAAAAAGGUAAGAAGUGAUCAACCUUUGAUUGACCCCAAGCUCUUACUUGAAAAGCCUAAUGAACCUCAUAUUCUUGACGAUCUUUAUGGACCAGUUGCCUUUAAGGAUUUCAUUCUAAGCAAGGGCUAUGAAAUGCCUGGCAUUAUUGAAAGGCUGUGUGCCAGGAAGGGAUGGACUUAUGACUCUGUUAAGACUCCUAUUCAGCGUGCAAUGAGACCUUACAAGUACAAAGAAGACGUCACAGACGCAUCGGAAGAAGAUUAG